CUUGCUAAGCAGUAAGGGUACUAGAGGAGGGGAAGCUAAAGAGGUUUUACAUGUCGCCAGGAAAACUGUCUAGUGUCUAACUAGAAACUCAACGUUGAGAAGAAAGAAGUUCAAGUUGGGAUACGUUUGUCCGCCACAACAUUUACCGCUCUUGAUUUUAACCUUUUCAAGGACGAACCCGAAGCUCGUCUGUAUGCCCAACCUUCAAUUUCAAUUGAUUAGGACUUCGGUGAUCAGUUUUUCUCGCCUCGAUAAGCUGGCGAAAAGGAAUUAGGGAAGUGUGAUGCCUCGCAAUAGCAACAACAGUACCAAGAGGAAAAUGGAUCUGGGCGAGGAUGUAAGCUCAUUGUUUGGAAAACGGUCAAAAACUAGCAGCAACAGCACUGUAAAUCGCUCUAGAACUAAGGGAGCAGAAGAGGCACCCACUAUAUUCAACCAAAAAAAAUGUAUUGCCUGGUUUCGCCAGUACAGCACUCCAAGCUCACCAGACACUAUUGGGCCUGAAGGUGUAGAAAUGUUUUGCCGGGACCUGAAUGUUGAGCCAGAGAACAUUGCAUUGCUAGUCUUGUCAUGGAAAAUGGGAGCUAAACAAAUGGGAUAUUUCACAUUGCAAGAAUGGCUUCUUGGACUCACAGAUUUACAGUGUGAUUCAUUAGCAAAGUUGCAAGCAAAACUCAACUACCUUCAUUCUCUACUGCUUGACAGUUCCCACUUUAAAUCAAUCUACCGAUAUGCCUUUGAUUUUUCCAGGGACAAGGAUCAAAGAAGUUUAGACAUUGAGACUGCCAAAGCAAUGUUGGGAUUGUUGCUUGGAAGGCAGUGGUCACUUUUGAAUUCCUUCUUCCAGUUUUUAGAUCAAUCUCGAUACCGUGUUCUGAACAAAGACCAGUGGUGCAACGUUCUUGAGUUUUCCCGCGCGGUGGAUGUAGAUCUGAAGAACUACGAUGUUGAUGGAGCUUGGCCUGUGAUGCUAGACGAAUUUGUAGAAUGGCUCAAGGUGAACAGGGGAGAAUCGAACAUUCAAUAAAAUACUUCUUAGAAAAUUUCAAUGCUCUGAUCGUCCAUAUCCUUCCUAUUCUUGGGAGGGGCUUUAAAGCCUGCUGUCUUUCGAGCUGCCAGCCCAGAUUCAUCACUCUCCAGUGAGUGGAGCACAACCAUUUGCCGAAAAUUCAAUAAAAAAAAAAUCACGUUUUUUCUAUUUGUUACUUUGAUUUGAAACACAAUACAAAAUAAGGCUCUA